CUGCACCAAUGGCGACGAUGUCACCUCCUGGCGCGUCGGGCAGCGGGGCGCGCUGGCGCGCUGGGCAGCGGGGCGCGCUGGCGCGUCGGGCAGCGGGGCGCGCUGGCGCGUCGGGCAGCGGGGCGCGCUGGCGCGCUGGGCAGCGGGGCGCGCUUGCGCGCUGGGCAGGGGGGCGCGCUGGCGCAUCGGGCAGCGGGGCGCGCUGGCGCGUCGGGCAGCGGGGCGCGCUGGCGCGCUGGGCAGCGGGGCGCGCUGGGCAGCGAGGCGCGCUGGCGCGUCGGGCAGCGGGGCGCGCUGGCGCGUCGGGCAGCGGGGCGCGCUGGCGCGUCGGGCAGCGGGGCGCGCUGGCGCGCUGGGCAGCGGGGCGCGCUGGCGCGCUGGGCAGCGGGGCGCGCUGGCGCGCUGGGCAGCGGGGCGCGCUGGCGCGUCGGGCAGUGGGGCGCGCUGGCGCGUCGGGCAGCGGGGCGCGCUGGCGCGCUGGGGAGCGGGGCGCGCUGGCGCGCUGGGCAGCGGGGCGCGCUGGCGCGUCGGGCAGCGGGGCGCGCUGGCGCGCUGGGCAGCGGGGCGCGCUGGCGCGUCGGGCAGCGGGACGCGCGCUGGAGCGCUGGGCAGCGGGGCGCGCUGGCGCGCUGGGCAGCGGGGCGCGCUGGCGCGCUGGGCAGCGGGGCGCGCUGGCGCGUCGGGCAGCAGGGCGCGCUGGCGCGCUGGGCAGCGGGGCGCGCUGGCGCGCUGGCGCGCUGGGCAGCGGGGCGCGCUGGCGCGUCGGGAAGCGGAGCGCGCUGGCGCGUUGGGCAGCGGGGCGCGCUGGCGCGCUGGGCAGCGGGGCGCGCUGGCGCGUCGGGCAGCGGGGCGCGCUGGCGCGUUGGGCAGCGGGGCGCGCUGGCGCGUCGGGCAGCGGGGCGCGCUGGCGCGUCGGGCAGCGGGGCGCGCUGGUGCGCUGGGCAGCGGGGCGCGCUGGCGCGUCGGGCAGCGGGGCGCGCUGGCGCGUUGGGCAGCGGGGCGCGCUGGCGCGCUGGGCAGCGGGGCGCGCUGGCGCGUCGGGCAGCGGGGCGCGCUGGCGCGCUGGGCAGCGGGGCGCGCUGGCGCGUCGGGCAGCGGGGCGCGCUGGCGCGUCGGGCAGCGGGGCGCGCUGGCGCGCUGGGGAGCGGGGCGCGCUGGCGCGCUGGGCAGCGGGGCGCGCUGGCGCGUCGGGCAGCGGGGCGCGCUGGCGCGUCGGGCAGCGGGGCGCGCUGGAGCGCUGGGCAGCGGGGCGCGCUGGCGCGCUGGGCAGCGGGGCGCGCUGGCGCGCUGGGCAGCGGGGUGCGCUGGCGCGCUGGGCAGCGGGGCGCGCUGGCGCGCUGGGCAGCGGGGCGCGCUGGCGCGCUGGGCAGCGGGGCGCGCUGGCGCGCUGGCGCGCUGGGCAGCGGGGCGCGCUGGCGCGUCGGGCAGCGGGGCGAGCUGGCGCGUCGGGCAGCGGGGCGCGCUGGAGCGCUGGGCAGCGGGGCGCGCUGGCGCGCUGGGCAGCGGGGCGCGCUGGCGCGCUGGGCAGCGGGGUGCGCUGGCGCGCUGGGCAGCGGGGCGCGCUGGCGCGCUGGGCAGCGGGGCGCGCUGGCGCGCUGGGCAGCGGGGCGCGCUGGCGCGCUGGGCAGCGGGGCGCGCUGGCGCGUCGGGCAGCGGGGCGCGCUGGCGCGCUGGGCAGCGGGGCGCGCUGGCGCGUCGGGCAGCGGGGCGCGCUGGCGCGUCGGGCAGCGGGGCGCGCUGGCGCGCUGGGGAGCGGGGCGCGCUGGCGCGCUGGGCAGCGGGGCGCGCUGGCGCGUCGGGCAGCGGGGCGCGCUGGCGCGCUGGGCAGCGGGGCGCGCUGGCGCGUCGGGCAGCGGGGCGCGCUGGCGCGUCGGGCAGCGGGGCGCGCUGGAGCGCUGGGCAGCGGGGCGCGCUGGCGCGCUGGGCAGCGGGGCGCGCUGGCGCGCUGGGCAGCGGGGUGCACUGGCGCGCUGGGCAGCGGGGCGCGCUGGCGCGCUGGGCAGCGGGGCGCGCUGGCGCGCUGGGCAGCGGGGCGCGCUGGCGCGCUGGGCAGCGGGGCGCGCUGGCGCGUCGGGCAGCGGGGCGCGCUGGCGCGUCGGGCAGCGGGGCGCGCUGGAGCGAUGGGCAGCGGGGCGCGCUGGCGCGCUGGGCAGCGGGGCGCGCUGGCGCGCUGGGCAGCGGGGUGCGCUGGCGCGCUGGGCAGCGGGGCGCGCUGGCGCGCUGGCGCGCUGGGCAGCGGGGCGCGCUGGCGCGCUGGGCAGCGGGGCGCGCUGGCGCGCUGGCGCGCUGGGCAGCGGGGCGCGCUGGGCAGCGGGCCGCGCUGGCGCGUCGGGCAGCGGGGCGCGCUGGCGCGUCGGGCAGCGGGGUGCGCUAACGCGCUGGGCAGCGGGGCGCGCUGGCGCGUCGGGCAGCGGGGCGCGCUGGCGCGUCGGGCAGCGGGGCGCGCUGGAGCGCUGGGCAGCGGGGCGCGCUGGCGCGCUGGGCAGCGGGGCGCGCUGGCGCGCUGGGCAGCGGGGUGCGCUGGCGCGCUGGGCAGCGGGGCGCGCUGGCGCGCUGGGCAGCGGGGCGCGCUGGCGCGCUGGGCAGCGGGGCGCGCUGGCGCGUCGGGCAGCGGGGCGCGCUGGCGCGUUGGGCAGCGGGGCGCGCUGGCGCGCUGGGCAGCGGGGCGCGCUGGCGCGUCGGGCAGCGGGGCGCGCUGGCGCGCUGGGCAGCGGGGCGCGCUGGCGCGUCGGGCAGCGGGGCGCGCUGGAGCGCUGGGCAGCGGGGCGCGCUGGCGCGCUGGGCAGCGGGGCGCGCUGGCGCGCUGGGCAGCGGGGCGCGCUGGCGCGCUGGGCAGCGGGGCGCGCUGGCGCGUCGGGCAGCGGGGCGCGCUGGCGCGCUGGGGAGCGGGGCGCGCUGGCGCGCUGGGUAGCGGGGCGCGCUGGCGCGUCGGGCAGCGGGGCGCGCUGGCGCGCUGGGCAGCGGGGCGCGCUGGCGCGUCGGGCAGCGGGGCGCGCUGGCGCGUCGGGCAGCGGGGCGCGCUGGAGCGCUGGGCAGCGGGGCGCGCUGGCGCGCUGGGCAGCGGGGCGCGCUGGCGCGCUGGGCAGCGGGGUGCGCUGGCGCGCUGGGCAGCGGGGCGCGCUGGCGCGCUGGGCAGCGGGGCGCGCUGGCGCGCUGGGCAGCGGGGCGCGCUGGCGCGCUGGGCAGCGGGGCGCGCUGGCGCGCUGGGCAGCGGGGCGCGCUGGGCAGCGGGGCGCGCUGGCGCGCUGGGCAGCGGGGUGCGCUGGCGCGCUGGGCAGCGGGGCGCGCUGGCGCGCUGGCGCGCUGGGCAGCGGGGCGCGCUGGCGCGCUGGGCAGCGGGGCGCGCUGGCGCGCUGGCGCGCUGGCGCGCUGGGCAGCGGGGCGCGCUGGCGCGCUGGGCAGCGGGCCGCGCUGGCGCGUCGGGCAGCGGGGCGCGCUGGCGCGUCGGGCAGCGGGGUGCGCUGGCGCGCUGGGCAGCGGGGCGCGCUGGCGCGUCGGGCAGCGGGGCGCGCUGGCGCGUCGGGCAGCGGGGCGCGCUGGAGCGCUGGGCAGCGGGGCGCGCUGGCGCGCUGGGCAGCGGGGCGCGCUGGCGCGCUGGGCAGCGGGGUGCGCUGGCGCGCUGGGCAGCGGGGCGCGCUGGCGCGCUGGGCAGCGGGGCGCGCUGGCGCGCUGGGCAGCGGGGCGCGCUGGCGAGUCGGGCAGCGGGGCGCGCUGGCGCGUUGGGCAGCGGGGCGCGCUGGCGCGCUGGGCAGCGGGGCGCGCUGGCGCGUCGGGCAGCGGGGCGCGCUGGCGCGCUGGGCAGCGGGGCGCGCUGGCGCGUCGGGCAGCGGGGCGCGCUGGAGCGCUGGGCAGCGGGGCGCGCUGGCGCGCUGGGCAGCGGGGCGCGCUGGCGCGCUGGGCAGCGGGGCGCGCUGGCGCGCUGGGCAGCGGGGCGCGCUGGCGCGUCGGGCAGCGGGGCGCGCUGGCGCGCUGGGGAGCGGGGCGCGCUGGCGCGCUGGGCAGCGGGGCGCGCUGGCGCAUCGGGCAGCGGGGCGCGCUGGCGCGCUGGGCAGCGGGGCGCGCUGGCGCGUCGGGCAGCGGGGCGCGCUGGCGCGUCGGGCAGCGGGGCGCGCUGGAGCGCUGGGCAGCGGGACGCGCUGGCGCGCUGGGCAGCGGGGCGCGCUGGCGCGCUGGGCAGCGGGGUGCGCUGGCGCGCUGGGCAGCGGGGCGCGCUGGCGCGCUGGGCAGCGGGGCGCGCUGGCGCGCUGGGCAGCGGGGCGCGCUGGCGCGCUGGGCAGCGGGGCGCGCUGGCGCGCUGGGCAGCGGGCCGCGCUGGCGCGUCGGGCAGCGGGGCGCGCUGGCGCGUCGGGCAGCGGGGCGCGCUGGCGCGCUGGGCAGCGGGGCGCGCUGGCGCGUCGGGCAGCGGGGCGCACUGGCGCGUCGGGCAGCGGGGCGCGCUGGAGCGCUGGGCAGCGGGGCGCGCUGGCGCGCUGGGCAGCGGGGCGCGCUGGCGCGCUGGGCAGCGGGGUGCGCUGGCGCGCUGGGCAGCGGGGCGCGCUGGCGCGCUGGGCAGCGGGGCGCGCUGGCGCGCUGGGCAGCGGGGCGCGCUGGCGCGUCGGGCAGCGGGGCGCGCUGGCGCGUUGGGCAGCGGGGCGCGCUGGCGCGCUGGGCAGCGUGGCGCGCUGGCGCGUCGGGCAGCGGGGCGCGCUGGCGCGCUGGGCAGCGGGGCGCGCUGGCGCGUCGGGCAGCGGGGCGCGCUGGCGCGUCGGGCAGCGGGGCGCGCUGGAGCGCUGGGCAGCGGGGCGCGCUGGCGCGCUGGGCAGCGGGGUGCGCUGGCGCGCUGGGCAGCGGGGCGCGCUGGCGCGCUGGGCAGCGGGGCGCGCUGGCGCGCUGGGCAGCGUGGCGCGCUGGCGCGUCGGGCAGCGGGGCGCGCUGGCUCGCUGGGCAGCGGGGCGCGCUGGCGCGUCGGGCAGCGGGGCGCGCUGGCGCGUCGGGCAGCGGGGCGCGCUGGCGCGUCGGGCAGCGGGGCGCGCUGGCGCGCUGGGCAGCGGGGCGCGCUGGCGCGCUGGGCAGCGGGGCGCGCUGGCGCGUCGGGCAGCGGGGCGCGCUGGCGCGCUGGGCAGCGGGGCGCGCUGGCGCGCUGGGCAGCGAGGCGCGCUGGCGCGUCGGGCAGCGGGGCGCGCUGGCGCGCUGGGCAGCGGGGCGCGCUGGCGCGCUGGGCAGCGGGGCGCGCUGGCGCGCUGGCGCGCUGGGCAGCGGGGCGCGCUGGCGCGUCGGGAAGCGGAGCGCGCUGGCGCGUUGGGCAGCGGGGCGCGCUGGCGCGCUGGGCAGCGGGGCGCGCUGGCGCGUCGGGCAGCGGGGCGCGCUGGCGCGUUGGGCAGCGGGGCGCGCUGGCGCGUCGGGCAGCGGGGCGCGCUGGCGCGUCGGGCAGCGGGGCGCGCUGGAGCGCUGGGCAGCGGGGCGCGCUGGCGCGUCGGGCAGCGGGACGCGCUGGCGCGCUGGGCAGCGGGGCGCGCUGGCGCGCUGGGCAGCGGGGCGCGCUGGCGCGUCGGGCAGCGGGGCGCGCUGGCGCGCUGGGCAGCGGGGCGCGCUGGCGCGUCGGGCAGCGGGGCGCGCUGGCGCGUCGGGCAGCGGGCGCGCUGGCGCGCUGGGCAGCGGGGCGCGCUGGCGCGCUGGGCAGCGGGGCGCGCUGGCGCGUCGGGCAGCGGGGCGCGCUGGCGCGUCGGGCAGCGGGGCGCGCUGGAGCGUCGGGCAGCGGGGCGCGCUGGCGCGCUGGGCAGCGGGGCGCGCUGGCGCGCUGGGCAGCGGGGCGCGCUGGCGCGCUGGGCAGCGGGGCGCGCUGGCGCGCUGGGCAGCGGGGCGCGCUGGCGCGCUGGGCAGCGGGGCGCGCUGGCGCGCUGGGCAGCGGGGCGCGCUGGCGCGCUGGCGCGUCGGGCAGCGGGGCGAGCUGGCGCGUCGGGCAGCGGGGCGCGCUGGAGCGCUGGGCAGCGGGGCGCGCUGGCGCGCUGGGCAGCGGGGCGCGAUGGCGCGCUGGGCAGCGGGGUGCGCUGGCGCGCUGGGCAGCGGGGCGCGCUGGCGCGCUGGGCAGCGGGGCGCGCUGGCGCGCUGGGCAGCGGGGCGCGCUGGCGCGCUGGGCAGCGGGGCGCGCUGGCGCGUCGGGCAGCGGGGCGCGCUGGCGCGCUGGGCAGCGGGGCGCGCUGGCGCGUCGGGCAGCGGGGCGCGCUGGCGCGUCGGGCAGCGGGGCGCGCUGGCGCGCUGGGGAGCGGGGCGCGCUGGCGCGCUGGGCAGCGGGGCGCGCUGGCGCGUCGGGCAGCGGGGCGCGCUGGCGCGCUGGGCAGCGGGGCGCGCUGGCGCGUCGGGCAGCGGGGCGCGCUGGCGCGUCGGGCAGCGGGGCGCGCUGGAGCGCUGGGCAGCGGGGCGCGCUGGCGCGCUGGGCAGCGGGGCGCGCUGGCGCGCUGGGCAGCGGGGCGCGCUGGCGCGCUGGGCAGCGGGGCGCGCUGGCGCGCUGGGCAGCGGGGCGCGCUGGCGCGCUGGGCAGCGGGGCGCGCUGGCGCGCUGGGCAGCGGGGCGCGCUGGCGCGUCGGGCAGCGGGGCGCGCUGGCGCGUCGGGCAGCGGGGCGCGCUGGAGCGAUGGGCAGCGGGGCGCGCUGGCGCGCUGGGCAGCGGGGCGCGCUGGCGCGCUGGGCAGCGGGGUGCGCUGGCGCGCUGGGCAGCGGGGCGCGCUGGCGCGCUGGGCAGCGGGGCGCGCUGGCGCGCUGGGCAGCGGGGCGCGCUGGCGCGCUGGGCAGCGGGGCGCGCUGGCGCGCUGGGCAGCGGGCCGCGCUGGCGCGUCGGGCAGCGGGGCGCGCUGGCGCGUCGGGCAGCGGGGUGCGCUGGCGCGCUGGGCAGCGGGGCGCGCUGGCGCGUCGGGCAGCGGGGCGCGCUGGCGCGUCGGGCAGCGGGGCGCGCUGGAGCGCUGGGCAGCGGGGCGCGCUGGCGCGCUGGGCAGCGGGGCGCGCUGGCGCGCUGGGCAGCGGGGUGCGCUGGCGCGCUGGGCAGCGGGGCGCGCUGGCGCGCUGGGCAGCGGGGCGCGCUGGCGCGCUGGGCAGCGGGGCGCGCUGGCGCGUCGGGCAGCGGGGCGCGCUGGCGCGUUGGGCAGCGGGGCGCGCUGGCGCGCUGGGCAGCGGGGCGCGCUGGCGCGUCGGGCAGCGGGGCGCGCUGGCGCGCUGGGCAGCGGGGCGCGCUGGCGCGUCGGGCAGCGGGGCGCGCUGGAGCGCUGGGCAGCGGGGCGCGCUGGCGCGCUGGGCAGCGGGGCGCGCUGGCGCGCUGGGCAGCGGGGCGCGCUGGCGCGCUGGGCAGCGGGGCGCGCUGGCGCGUCGGGCAGCGGGGCGCGCUGGCGCGCUGGGGAGCGGGGCGCGCUGGCGCGCUGGGCAGCGGGGCGCGCUGGCGCGUCGGGCAGCGGGGCGCGCUGGCGCGCUGGGCAGCGGGGCGCGCUGGCGCGUCGGGCAGCGGGGCGCGCUGGCGCGUCGGGCAGCGGGGCGCGCUGGAGCGCUGGGCAGCGGGGCGCGCUGGCGCGCUGGGCAGCGGGGCGCGCUGGCGCGCUGGGCAGCGGGGCGCGCUGGCGCGCUGGGCAGCGGGGCGCGCUGGCGCGCUGGGCAGCGGGGCGCGCUGGCGCGCUGGGCAGCGGGGCGCGCUGGCGCGCUGGGCAGCGGGGCGCGCUGGCGCGCUGGGCUGCGGGCCGCGCUGGCGCGUCGGGCAGCGGGGCGCGCUGGCGCGUCGGGCAGCGGGGCGCGCUGGCGCGCUGGGCAGCGGGGCGCGCUGGCGCGUCGGGCAGCGGGGCGCACUGGCGCGUCGGGCAGCGGGGCGCGCUGGAGCGCUGGGCAGCGGGGCGCGCUGGCGCGCUGGGCAGCGGGGCGCGCUGGCGCUGGGCAGCGGGGUGCGCUGGCGCGCUGGGCAGCGGGGCGCGCUGGCGCGCUGGGCAGCGGGGCGCGCUGGCGCGCUGGGCAGCGGGGCGCGCUGGCGCGUCGGGCAGCGGGGCGCGCUGGCGCGUUGGGCAGCGGGGCGCGCUGGCGCGCUGGGCAGCGUGGCGCGCUGGCGCGUCGGGCAGCGGGGCGCGCUGGCGCGCUGGGCAGCGGGGCGCGCUGGCGCGUCGGGCAGCGGGGCGCGCUGGCGCGUCGGGCAGCGGGGCGCGCUGGAGCGCUGGGCAGCGGGGCGCGCUGGCGCGCUGGGCAGCGGGGUGCGCUGGCGCGCUGGGCAGCGGGGCGCGCUGGCGCGCUGGGCAGCGGGGCGCGCUGGCGCGCUGGGCAGCGUGGCGCGCUGGCGCGUCGGGCAGCGGGGCGCGCUGGCUCGCUGGGCAGCGGGGCGCGCUGGCGCGUCGGGCAGCGGGGCGCGCUGGCGCGUCGGGCAGCGGGGCGCGCUGGCGCGUCGGGCAGCGGGGCGCGCUGGCGCGCUGGGCAGCGGGGCGCGCUGGCGCGCUGGGCAGCGGGGCGCGCUGGCGCGUCGGGCAGCGGGGCGCGCUGGCGCGCUGGGCAGCGGGGCGCGCUGGCGCGCUGGGCAGCGAGGCGCGCUGGCGCGUCGGGCAGCGGGGCGCGCUGGCGCGCUGGGCAGCGGGGCGCGCUGACGCGUCGGGCAACGGGGCGCGCUGGCGCGUCGGGCAGCGGGGCGCGCUGGAGCGCUGGGCAGCGGGGCGCGCUGGCGCGCUGGGCAGCGGGGCGCGCUGCCGCGCUGGGCAGCGGGGUGCGCUGGCGCGCUGGGCAGCGGGGCGCGCUGGCGCGCUGGGCAGCGGGGCGCGCUGGCGCGCUGGGCAACGGGGCGCGCUGGCGCGUCGGGCAGCGGGGCGCGCUGGCGCUGAACGUAGCCACUUAA